AUGUUCGCUCGCACUGCACUUCGUCAGCAGCCCGCGCUGUUCCGCAUGGGCGGUGUCCGCGCGCAGUCGACGCUGCCCAUCCCGCCCAAGAUCGCCACGCCCAAGUCGGCACAGGGCCCCGGCGGCUCCUCGGCACGCAUGGAGAGCGUCGUGGGCUUCUACAAGAGCUUGCCCAAGGGUGACGCUCCCCAGAAGCGCGGCGGUGGAAUCAAGGCCCGCUACUUCGACGGCAAGAACGCCUCGGGCAAGCCGAUCGUCGCUACCCUGUUCACGCUGUUCUUGAUCGGCUACUCGAUCGACUACGCUACCCACCUGCGUCACCACAAGAACAACCACCACUAA